AUGGGGGAACGAACCUUGACUUUUCCUCAACUUGAGGCAGACAAACUCGAGCCGUAUCUGACGCCUGCGACUGCUGGGGCAUCCGCGGGACAUGCACCCGUUUCCGACAAACCAUUCGUCACUCUUACCUUUGCCACAUCCCUGGAUUCUGCUCUAUCCCUGGCUCCCGGAACCAGGACAGCUCUUUCCGGCCCCCAAUCUAAGGCCAUGACCCAUUACUUGCGAAGCCGACACGAUGCCAUUUGCGUUGGGGUGGGGACUGCGAUUGCUGACGAUCCUGGCCUCAACUGUCGCCUGGAAGGUUUGGACUUGUCUCGACAGCCGCGACCAAUCGUCAUAGAUUCCCGGCUUCGCUGGCAAUUCACGCGAGAAAGCAAGGCCAUGCAGCUCGCGCAAGCAGGCCAGGGCCUUGCUCCUUUCAUCAUCACCUCGGAGCGCUCUCCGCCCGAGGCGCAGCAAGCCCUCCUCGAGGAGCACGGCGGGAAAUAUAUCUUUCUUGGCCGUGACACCGCAGAUCAGCAGCGCUUUCAGUGGUCCGAUGUUCUGCGCGCUGUAGCUGGCGAGGGCUUGCAGAGUAUCAUGAUUGAAGGCGGUGGCCAGAUUAUCAACUCGUUGCUCGAAGCUGGAUCGAACCACCUGGUCGACUCGGUCAUUGUAACCAUUGCUCCCACCUGGCUUGGUCAGGGUGGCGUUGUUGUGUCUCCGCCACGACGGAUGGACUCAAAUGGCACGCCGGUCCCUGCUGCCCGACUCGCCGACACUGCAUGGCUCCCACUAGGCGAAGAUGUCGUACUGUGCGGAAGGCUGGCUUGA